CGGGUAUUCCCACGGUUGCACUCAACACCGACCCAAGGUCACCUCACGAUGCCGCCCGCCGCCCUGCUGGGAGGCAUCGCGCCGCGCAAGCUCAGCCCCUCCUCGGCGACGUCGAGGACUGUAAACCUUGGCGGCUCACUGCCAGAGCCUCCGGAACCUCUUCGCAAGCGUGUCAGAGUCGACAGAGUCGAAUCAUUCUCGACGAAACGAGUCACCAGAAGCCAAUCGAGCGCACGAAGCGUGGAUCUCGGCGCGCUCGGAGCAUCAGACCAAACUUCGGCUUCAGGCCCCCCUGUAGGACCUCCGAUUCGCAACGAGCGGGAGAUAGCAUACUCUACAAGCCAUGCGGGGCCCCCUAAACCUCCCAAGUCUGUUAAAGCUUUACCAGCACGAGCUGCGACUGGCAGCCUGCAGGCUGACACUGCCGCAGCCACACUAAAUCAGCCUCCGACAUCGGAUGCGGGUACAGUUCAGGUUGUUUCACCAAAUUCUAGUGGAACAGGUUUGAAGCCCUUCAUUCACCCUACGUUGCUCGACGAAUGCAACUCCAUCACCGAGCGCUAUCGCAGUGGCAAGUGCACGAAAUGACGAGCUACAUCACUCCUUUUGAAGACUCUGCGCGUCGACGAGGCUUCCACAAGUAUAAGCAUCGAGCUGAUUGCAGAGGUGUUCCUUGCCCGGAUGGAUUAACAUUGUCGAUUGAUGUCGUUAUAAGGCUGUUUUCAAUCUCACUCUGCAAUACAAUCACGAUGCC